AUGGGUGAUUCCAACUGCCCCAAUCUCAAUAAACCAGCGACCGUCCUUCCAUUUUUCGAACAUCAUUUCAAACGGCUGAUUGACUCGAAUUCACUAUACAGCCAUGUGAAGGUGGCCACUAGGUUUGGCAACCUACAGUUACCGUCCAUACUGGAUUUAGUGUUGACCAAUGAGGAGCUGAUGGUAGAGUCUUUCAAUGUGACUUCUCCCCUACGACGUAGCGAUCAUGCAGUACUUACAUUCACAUACGUCUGUUACGCUUCGAUUCAAGGAAGUUCCUCUGGUUACACGCGCAGAUCUAUAGACUACACACUGUUGAAUAACUUGACACUCUCUGCUCAGUGGGUUUCUUAUGACGAAGAAGGUAAUCCGUUGGUCGCAUAG